AACAAUUAAUUAUAAACGCUUUUGGAAUUUUUUGUGUGAGGAUGCAUCUGAAGUUGGCUGAUAUAAAUACAAAGAAGAUGAAGUGAGAGAGGGUUGAAGAAAACAAGACUUACUACUAGAGAGAAAAAAGAGAAUCAUGGUGAUAAAAAGGAUAGAGAUGUGUAUAGAGCUUAUGAGGAUAGGUGUGGAGUUUGUCGUAGUGGUGGCUGAAACCGUCAAGAUUGCCUGGCGGCAACACCUCAACCACCGCACUCCUCUGCCUCCUCAACAUCUCCUCCGCCAGGGCAUUUCCCCUUCUUACCCUUCUCAAUUCAUCUUUGGAUUUCUCCCUUGAAAAUCUGUUUUUUGUAAUUCUCACGAAAUCAUUUACCUGCGUUUCUCUUACCUUUUGUCGUGGUGAACUCUUCGAUGUAGUUUUUGUUGAUUCUUGUAACACCUUAAUUAUUUUUUGUUCAAUAAGUUUUGCACUUCUCUCGAGGUUUU